AUGUACAUCGAACACGAUGAGACUUUUAGUGCCUACUUUCAGAGAGCUCGUAGCGGGAAGUACAUGUUUCUAGUUUCUUCUAGCAGCGAAACCAGUGAAGUGUCUUGCAUUGAUAUGGACCAAUUGGUAAAGGUGCCACAGCUAAUCGCUAAGCGUCAAAAGGGAUUAAUUUACUCUGUGGAUCACUUUGGUGACAGCUUCUAUAUCGUCACAAACAAAGAUAAAGCCACUAACUUCAAGCUUAUGAGAACACUCGUGACAUUGCCUUCACCUGAUCACUGGGUUGAUGUGUUUCCGUACGAUAAAAGUAUCAAGGUCGAUAAUGUAGACUGCUUCAAGGAUUUUAUGGUCAUGGAGGGUCGAAAGGGUGGCUACUCGCAGCUUUGGAUCAUUGUCCCCAAUGAAGGCCAUAAGCACGAUCGUCGCCAGAUCACGUUCAAGGAAUCCAGCUACACAGUCCAUGGCUCCGUCAACCGUGAUUUUGAUACAGACAAGUUUCGCUUCAUGUAUUCGUCGAUGACUACACCAUGGACAACUUUUGACUACGACGUCAAGUCUUGCGAAUCUAAGCUGCUAAAAGAAAAGCCAGUAUUGAAUUAUGACCGCACUUUGUAUAGGACGGAUCGUCUAGAAGCGAAAGCUAGCGACGGAACAAUGGUGCCAAUCUCCCUUGUCUAUCGAUCUGAUCUUCGCUCGCAAGAUCGACAGCCGUUACACCUGUAUGGUUACGGUUCAUACGAAGUCGCUAUUGACCCAAGCUUCAUCACAUCUAUCCUGCCGCUGCUAGACCGAGGUGUGAUUUAUGCAAUUGCGCAUGUCCGAGGCGGUGGAGAAAUGGGCCGGACUUGGUACGAAGAUGCGAAGUACAAGAAGAAAAUCAAUACUUUCACGGAUUUUAUUUGCUGUGCUGAGCAUUUAAUUGAAGCUGGGUAUACAAGCCCCAGCAAGAUGACUUGUGAAGGACGCAGCGCUGGCGGUUUGCUCAUAGGUGCCGUAUUAAACAUGCGUCCAGAUCUUUUUACUGCUGCGAUCGCCGGCGUGCCAUUCGUUGAUGUAAUGAAUACUAUGAGUGACGCCACAAUCCCAUUAACAACUGGAGAAUGGGAAGAGUGGGGAAACCCGAACGAGAGAACGUACUUUGAGUACAUGCUCAGCUACUCGCCUUAUGAGAAUGUGAAGCAGCAAGCGUACCCAAACAUUCUGGUCACGAGUGGGCUUUACGAUCCACGUGUGGCAUACUGGGAGCCUACUAAGUGGGUCGCAAAGUUACGUGACGUUAAGAGCGACAAGAACGAGGUGCUUUUGAAGAUGGACUUGUCAUCGGGCCACUUCAGUGCCAGUGACAGGUAUCAUUACUUGAAAGAGAAGGCUUUCGACUUAGCUUACUUGCUGGAUCACCUCAUGGCGAUCAAGACAGAUGACAAGAAAGCACGCUCAUUUGCAUAG